AUGAGUACGUUCCACGUGUUGCUCCAGCAACACUCGAAGAAGUUGAAGCUCGAGCGUCUCGUCAGUACUCGGACGGUCGUUGGGUGUCUACGCCAGCUACACUCCGACAUUGACGCACUGAUGGAUCAAGGGACCCCCAAGCAGCACUCCAUUCUGACAAAGCGAGCUUGGCAAACUCAGUGGGACCAAGAGGAGACGGACGUGUACAAGAAUCUGGCUGCAACUCUGGAGACCGACAUGCAAGGGAUAUUGCUCGAGCUAGGCAGCGGGGCGCGACAGGAAGACGCUCUCAAGAUGCUGAAGUAUGAGUCCGAGGAGCAUGAGCGCCACUAUGGACCGCAAAUGAUGAAAGCCUUGGAAGCUGCGCAGACCAAGUUGAUACGAUUUUCUAGUCUGGGAGUGCCGGAAGUGCCCAACUGGUUUCUGCCCGAGUACGAAGUGCAGCGUCAGUCGACGCCGUUCGCGCACGGCUCUUUUGGGGCCGUCUACCACGGCACGUGGCUGGAGUCGCAGGUUGUGAUCAAGUGCGUGGACCCGAAGACCGAGGACGACAAACGCACGUUCCGGCGCGAGGCCAGGAUCUGGCAGAAGGCGCGACACAAGCACGUUGUCAACUUCUUUGGCGCUUGUGAUCAAGGAAACCCCUGGUUCUUCGUGUGUGAGGAGGCCACCAACGGCAAUCUGAAGAACUAUCUGUAUCGACAGAAGAAGGAAGGGCGGUCGCUGGCAUGGCGCAAGCUGUACGAGGCUGCUCUGGGUCUCCACUUCUUGCACCAGCGCCACAUCAUCCAUAGCGACUUGAAGUGCAACCAGAUUUUAGUGAGCGCAGAAGGUGUGGCAAUGUUGACGGACUUCGGCUUGAGCUUCAUGUCGGCUGACUCUCGUCCGAGGAUGCCCCCGGGAGGGGCCGUCCGCUGGAAAGCUCCCGAAUGCUUGAAAAAUGCCGACCAAGUUCCUACCACGGAGUCGGAUGUUUAUUCAUUGGGUAUGUGUGUGGUGGAAGCUGUGACGGGAGAGUACCCCUGGGGGCAACAGUGUCCAGACCUUGCUGUGGUGUUCCAAGUGAAGCGCGGGCUGUUCCUCCCACGACCUAGAGCGUUUGCAGAUGACGAGCAGUGGCGGUUUGUUCAAGCUCUGUGUGCCACUGAGCCGUCGGACCGUCUCAAGAUGCCCGACGCUAUCCGACUCCUAAGGAAAUUUGCAGACCAGGAACUCAUGCAAGAACGAGCAAGCAACGAGAACCAACCUGACCCCGAAGUAUAG